AUGCGCUGUGAGCAUGCUAUCAGGGGAAGGCGCACGGAACCGCCUCUUUCUCCUGAGGAAGAGAGCAAGUUCUGUGAGGCGGAUAACCUGCUCAAGCUAUCGCUCAUUAGCGUGAUAGAUGAGGGUAUGGUACCACUGUACAUGGACAUGCCUACGGGCAAGGACAUGUGGGAUGCACUGCAGGCCAAGUUCGGAGUUCGUGACGCUGGCAGUGAGCUGUACCUCAUGGAGCAGUUCUAUGACUACAAGAUGGUCGAUGACCGUUCAGUGGUAGAACAAGCUCAUGAGAUACAGAUGCUAGCCAAGGAGCUUGAGAACAACAAGUGUGUGCUUCCCCACAAGUUUGUGGCUGACGGUAUUAUCGCUAAGCUGCCACCUACUUGGAGGGACUUUGCUACAUCUCUCAAGCACAGGAGGCAAGAGUUCAGUGUGACUGAUCUAGUUGCUUCUCUCAGUGUUGAGGAGAAUGCGAGGGCAAAGGACACACGUGGCAAGAAAGUGCAGACCGAGGGAGGCACUAGCGCCAAUUUGGUGCAGAGGAGGGACCCUCAGUCCUUCCGCAACAGGAAAAACAAGAACAAGAAUCCCAACGUGAGACCACAACCUCAAGCUUUCAAGAAGAAGGCAAACAAAGAGAAGAAAGGUGGUUGUUGCUUUGUGUGCGGUAGCACUGAUCACUGGGCAAAAGAGUGCCCGGACCGCAAGGAUAAGCAGCAAAAGAAGACAGCCAACAUAGUUGUUAGCGAGGCUGGAGGAUCUGGGUAUGGAAGGACGAGGUGCCUCCCUGCUGAUGGGAAACGGUACACAUGCGGUUGUUCAUGGUGUUGGUACGGUCAAUCUGAAGUUUACUUCGGGGAAGACCGUGCAGCUGAAGAACGUGCAGCAUGUCCCUUCCAUAAAGAAGAAUCUCGUCAGCGGGUCCCUAAUGUGUAG